AUGGUGUCCAAUCCUCCGGUCGCCGCCUCAGCUAAGGCUCUGCAAGAUGAUGUAGAACAAUCACUCUCAAUGACCGAUAUUCUCCUCGAUCCGCUGAACCAGCUGCAAGCGCUUUCCCAGCAACUAUUCCUCUCGCUCGGGCCCGCCCAAGCCAAGCCUCCGCCCACGCCGCCCAUAUCUGCAUUCUUGUCCGUCGACGCCGCGCUCGCGUCGGCAGUGCAGCUCUCGCGCGCCCACCAGGUACGGCAGCGCAGAAUCGAGCAGCUCAAGCGCGACGUGCUCGACCUGGACCGCCACUGGCGGCAGAUCGUCCUCGAGCUCGACGACGGCCGCAAGGAGCUCGACGCGCUCGUGCGUGAGGGCACCGAGCGCAUCAGCGCAAUCGAGGACGCGAAAGCUGCGGCAAUCCCAUACCCCGAGCUGCUCGCAUACGCACAGAGCCUCUCCGCGUUCACGUCUGCACCCCCUAACAUGCCGGAUCACACGCUCCCCGGGCAGCCGCCGCCGCCGCUCUUCUUCCCACCGUUCCCCAACGAAGAGAAGAUGCGCCGCGGGCACAUGAACGACGAGGCGCCCCUCGGCCUACUUGGCGAGACGCACUCGGUCGGAAAGCCGCCGACCGUGCAGCCUCGGUCCGUCGAAAUACCUGCGCAUAUAGCCGGCCCUGGUGCCAACCCGUACAGGCCCGACCUGCGUGCACCGCCGCCACAAUUCUUCGACCUCGACUUGGAUCUAAACCCCGACCUAUGA